CGUCAACCUCCACAUUGUGAAUGGCACGCCUAAAACGAGGUGAGCCCGACAAGAAGAAACAUCAAGACGACCCUCCAUUCGCUUCAUUGUCUCUUGUCCUCUGUCGCUUCUCCUAACGCUGCUGUUUCUGUGUCCAUCCGCGCAAUAAUAUACAACUACUUGCAAUGGCCAUCUCUGCCCUUCCCCUCUGGCCGUUGGUCCUCUUCGGUGUCUUGGAGCCUGCGGCGCUGACGUGGGCCUACUUCAUCACCCUUUCCCAGCCUGAACAGUAUUAUGCCGAGCAAGCGCCCAACACGAUCCUCUCGGAUCUCCUCUUCACUCCCAGUGCCCUUUCCCUGACUCUCCAGCUCGGCAACGUCUUUCUCCUUCUUGCCGCAAUGGCGGUCAUCUGCUGCUUCACAAACCACCCCGAAAUUGCCAGGAGGUAUUUGAUUGCGGUGGCUCUGGCCGAUUUGGGCCACAUAUAUUCCAUAUACUGUGCGCUGGGGGACAAGGUGUUCUGGGAUCUGAACCAGUGGAAUCAGAUGACAUACUCAAACGUCGGGGUUAGUGUAUUCUUGCAUGUCAACCGGUUGAUGACUGUGACUGGAAUGUUUGGGCGACUUGGAGCUGGCGAGCACGCCGCGAAAAAGAAUAAAUAGAACCAGAAACAAGAGUCAGGUUAGGUGGUCUUGAGGUAUCUUUGGAUUGCCAUUUCAGCCAUAUGGGCCGACGUUUCUCAAGGGAUCUCUGCCCUGAGCUUACAGUUGCACGAAUUUCAUGUUUGUGCUUUGCGCAAAAAGCAUUUCUUC